AUGAAGGUCCUCCUCGUGGUGUCCCUGGCCGCCCUCGCUCUGGCCGCCCCUGAGGGACCUCGCCCCACCUACGCCCCCGCCCCUCGCUACCACCCCACCCCAGCCUACACGCCUGCCCCGGCCUACAGACCUGCUCCAGCCUACGCCCCGCCCGCCUCCUACAGGCCUGCUCCUUCAUAUGAGGCUCCUCCCAAGUACGACUUUAACUGGGUCGUGAAGGACGACUACUCCGGCAACGACUACGGCCACCAGGAGUCCCGCGACGGCUAUAACACACAGGGAUCCUACUACGUGCAGCUUCCCGACGGUCGCCUGCAGAAGGUCACCUAUCACGUGGACGGCGACUCAGGCUACGUGGCCGAGGUCACCUACGAGGGACAAGCUCAGUACCCAGCUCACCAACCUUCCUACCAUCCUACACCUUCCUACCAUCCUACACCUUCCUACCAUCCUACACCUGCAUACCAGCCUACCCCUUCAUACCACACCACACCUGCUUACAGGCCUGCACCUACUUACAGACCCACGCCUGCAUAUACGCCUACCCCUGUGUAUGGUUAGGUAUAUUCAAGUAGACUCUCGCACUCUACGGUAUGACCUUCAAGUAAUAUACCAGAACGCAAGUAUAUCUUCAGAUAGAAUGGAUAUAUUCUAAGCUUUAUGUGCACUUGGAAGUAUAUCUCGUAUUCCUUGUGAAAUACUAUGCUUCAGACAAUGUCAAUGUGUACAGCAAAUGUUAAUGCACUUUACCAAAUGCUUUUUAAACUUUUCCAUAUGUUGAGAAUUUGUAGAUAUUUAUAUGUGUUUUUAUGCUUCUUUAAAAAGGAUGAAAUAGA